AUGGUGAAAAGGAAAAGCUCCGAGGGCCAGGAGCAGGAGAGUGGCCGUGGCAUCCCCCUGCCCAUCCAGACCUUCCUCUGGAGGCAGACCAGUGCAUUUUUAAGACCUAAACUGGGGAAACAAUAUGAAGCUUCCUGUGUGUCUUUUGAAAGAGUGUUAGUAGAAAACAAGCUGCAUGGCCUUUCUCCAGCUCUCUCUGAAGCCAUCCAGAGCAUUUCUCGCUGGGAGCUGGUCCAGGCUGCCCUCCCUCAUGUGCUGCACUGCACUGCAACGCUGCUCUCCAACAGGAACAAGCUGGGGCAUCAGGAUAAGCUUGGAGUAGCUGAAACAAAGCUUCUUCACACUCUUCACUGGAUGCUGCUGGAGGCUCCCCAGGACUGCAGCAAUGACAGAUUUGGAGGAGACAGAGGCUCCAGCUGGGGAGGGAGCAGCAGUGCCUUUAUCCACCAGGCUGAAAACCAAGGAUCCCCAGGACACCCCCGGCCCAGCCCCAUCACUGAUGAGGAGGAGAAUAACAGAAGGAAGUUCUUCCAGAAUUCCAUGGCCACAGUAGAGCUGUUUGUGUUCCUCUUUGCUCCCCUGGUCCACAGGAUUAGGGAGUCUGACCUGACAUUCCGCUUGGCUAGUGGCCUUGUUAUUUGGCAGCCCAUGUGGGAGCACAGGCAGCCUGAAGUUUCUGCCUUCAAUGCUCUUGUAAAGCCCAUCAGGAACAUCAUUACAGCCAAGAGAAGUUCUCCCACCAAUAAUCGGAGUGUGACCUGUGAAUCCCCUAACCUGGACAGUGGACGUACUGAGGGACUGCAGGUGGUCUGUGAGACAACACAGCCAGAUCCUGUACCUCCAAAGGCUUCUGUUUCUGCAUGUCAUCCUGGAAACUCCUUGGAUGGAAGUGUAUCCUCCCAAACCUCCCAGGAGAGAAGUACUGCACAUCCCAGGGUGUCCUUGGUGAUUCCACCAUGCCAGAAGUCCCGCUACGCCACGUACUUCGACGUGGCCGUGCUGCGCUGCCUGCUGCAGCCACACUGGUCCGAGGAGGGCACGCAGUGGUCACUCAUGUACUACCUGCAGAGGCUGAGGCAGAUGCUGCAGGAAAAGCCAGAGAAGCCCCCCGAGCCUGAGAUCACCCCUUUGCCAAGGCCUCGCAGCAGCUCCAUGGUGGCGGCUGCACCCUCGCUGGUGAACACCCACAAAACCCAGGAUCUUACAAUAAAAUGUAAUGAGGAAGAAAAGUCACUAAGCACAGAGACAUUUUCCAAGGUUUCACUGACCAACUUGCGUAGACCAGCAGUUCCAGAUCUCUCCACAGACCUGGGGAUGAACAUCUUCAAAAAGUUCAAGAGCCGCAAGGAGGACAGGGAGCGUGAGCGCAAAGGCUCCAUCCCGUUCCACCACGCUGGGAAGAAGAGGCAGAGGAGGAUGGGGGUGCCCUUCCUCCUCCACGAGGACCACUUGGAUGUCUCACCCACCCGCAGCACCUUCUCCUUCGGCAGCUUCUCUGGGAUUGGGGAGGACCGGCGUGGCAUGGAGAGAGGAGGAUGGCAGACCACCAUUCUGGGAAAGUUUACCAGGAGGGGAAGCUCUGACACAGCCACGGAGAUGGAGGGGCUGAGCGCCCGGCACUCGCACUCCCAUCACACGCUGGUCUCGGAGCUGCCAGACCCCUCAAACAGCCAUGGAGACAACACAGUCAAAGAAGUGAGGUCCCAGAUCUCCACCAUCACCGUGGCCACCUUCAACACUACCCUGGCCUCGUUCAACGUGGGCUACGCCGAUUUCUUCAGCGAGCACAUGAGGAAGCUUUGCAACCAGGUGCCCAUCCCUGAGAUGCCCCACGAGCCACUCGCCUGUGCCAACCUCCCACGGAGCCUGACGGACUCCUGCAUCAAUUACAGCUGCCUGGAGGACACGGAUCACAUUGAUGGAACCAACAGCUUUGUCCACAAGAAUGGCAUGCUGGAUCUCUCGGUGGUCCUGAAGGCUGUUUACUUGGUUCUGAACCACGACAUCAGUUCCAGGAUUUGUGAUGUGGCACUGAACAUCGUGGAGUGCUUACUGCAGCUUGGCGUGGUGCCCUGCGUGGAGAAAGCUCGGAGGAAGAGUGAGAACAAAGAAAACGAGGCCCCUGAAAAGAGACCAAGUGAAGGAUCCUUCCAGCUUAAAGGAGCUGCUUCUGGCUCGGCUUGUGGAUUUGGGCCACCUCCAAUUAGUGGAGCUGGAGAUGGAGAAGAAGAAGGAGGUGGUGGAGGAGGUGGAGGUGGCGGAGGUGGAGGUGAUGGAGGUGGUGGAGGAGGAGGAGGGCCGUAUGAGAAGAAUGACAAAAAAGAAGAAAAGGAUGAAGGCCCAUCUGUCAGCACCCAUAGGCUGGCACUCACAAUGCUGAUCAAAAUUGUGAAGUCCUUGGGCUGUGCUUAUGGUUGUGGAGAGGGACACCGAGGGCUCUCUGGAGAUCGCCUGAGACACCAGGUAUUCCGGGAGAAUGCCCAGAACUGCCUCACGAAGCUGUACAAACUGGAUAAGGCACAAUUCCGGCAGACUGUGAGAGAUUAUGUGAACAAGGAUUCUCUCAAUAACGUGGUGGAUUUCCUGCAUGCUUUACUGGGAUUCUGCAUGGAGCCAGCCACUGAUAAUAAGGCUGGAUUUGGGAAUAACUUCACCACAGUGGACAACAAGUCUACAGCCCAAAGUGUGGAAGGUAUUAUUGUGAGUGCCAUGUUCAAGUCACUGAUCACUCGCUGUGCAUCCACCACACAUGAGCUCCACAGCCCAGAAAACCUGGGCUUGUACUGCGAUAUCCGACAGCUGGUCCAAUUUAUCAAGGAGGCUCAUGGAAAUGUAUUUCGGAGGGUGGCCCUCAGUGCCCUCCUGGACAGCGCUGAAAAGUUAAUACCGGGAAAAAAGACAGAGGAAACAGAGCAAGAGCCAAAACCACCUGGGAGCAAAAGAUCUGAAGCAGGGAGUGUCAUCAUUGACAAGGGCCAGGCCUCAGCUGCCCCUGAUGAAUGCCGCAGUUAUGUCUCGAGCCGCCCAAUGCAGACUCCAGAACACGAUGAGCAGAUUCAAGGGGCCAACCUGGGACGCAAGGACUUCUGGAGGAAGAUGUUUAAGUCCCAAAGUGCAGCGAGUGACACCAGUAGUCAGUCUGAGCAGGACACGUCCGAGUGCACCACUGCUCACUCUGGAACCACCACGGACCGGCGCUCCCGCUCUCGCUCCCGAAGAAUCUCCCUUCGAAAGAAACUCAAACUGCCCAUAGGUAAAUGGAAUUGGUUGAAGCGCUCCUCCCUCUCUGGCCUGGCUGAUGGAGUGGAAGAUCUCCUGGAUAUCAGCUCUGUCGACCGUCUCUCCUUCAUCAGGCAGAGCUCCAAGGUGAAGUUCACCAGCGCAGUGAAGCUCUCUGAAGGAGGGGGGCCAGGAGGAGGCCUGGACAACGGGCGGGAUGAAGAGGAGAAUUUCUUCAAGCGUCUUGGUAAAUGGCGCACCUGCCGAAGACACCCAUCCAAGCUUCAUCACACAGAAGAAAAAGAUGGUUGCCAUAGCUUUGAUGAUCACUUGACCUCCAAACAAGAAGGAGGAAAAUCCAAGAAUGUGGUGAACCUGGGAGCGAUCCGCCAAGGCAUGAAGCGCUUUCAGUUUCUGCUGAACUGCUGUGAACCAGGCACUAUCCCUGAUGCCUCCAUUCUGGCAGCAGCUCUAGAUCUUGAGGCCCCCGUGGUGGCGCGGGCAGCCCUGUUCCUCGAGUGCGCGCGCUUUGUUCACCGCUGCAAUCGCGGCAACUGGCCCGAGUGGAUGAAGGGCCACCAUGUGAACAUCACCAAGAAGGGGCUGUCCCGUGGCCGCUCUCCCAUCGUGGGCAACAAAAGGAACCAGAAGCUGCAGUGGAAUGCAGCCAAGCUCUUCUACCAGUGGGGAGAUGCAAUUGGUGUCCGCCUCAAUGAGCUGUGCCAUGCUGAGAGUGAGAGUCCUGCCAACCUGCUUGGCCUCAUUUAUGAUGAGGAGACCAAGAGGCGCCUGAGAAAGGAGGAUGAGGAAGAAGACUUUUUAGAUGACAGCACUGUGAAUCCUACCAAAUGUUGUUGUCCUUUUGCACUAAAAAUGGCAGCCUGUCAGCUUCUCUUGGAGAUAACCACAUUCCUUCGGGAGACCUUUCCCUACAUGCCCAGACCACGGACUGAGCCUCUUGUGGAUCAGGAGAGCUACAGGAUGCGUCUGGACCCUGAGAUGGACCGACACAGGUAUGAGAGAAAGAUCAGCUUUGCCGGGGUUCUGGAUGAAAAUGAAGAUUCAAAGGAUUCCUUACACAGCAGCAGCCACACCCUCAAAUCUGAGGCUGGCUUCGAGGAGAAAAAAGAAGGGAGCCCCUGGAGUGCAAGCGAACCCAGCAUUGAACCUGAGGUACUGAGCAACACAGGCCUGGAGGAGAACUAUCACCGGAACAUGUCCUGGCUGCAUGUUAUGAUCCUGCUGUGCAACCAGCAGAGUUUCAUAUGCACACACAUCGACUACUGCCACCCGCACUGCUACCUCCAUCACAGCCGGUCCUGUGCUCGCCUCGUCCGGGCCAUCAAACUGCUCUAUGGAGACACUGUGGACUCCCUCAGGGAAAACAGCACUCUGAACAACGUGGCAAGAGGCAAGAAACAAAAGGAAUGCUCAGACAAGUCAUGCUUGAGGACUCCUUCUCUGAAAAAGAGAGUGAUCGAUAUCAACUUGGAAGGGAAGAAGGACUCUGGAAUGCUAAAGUACAUCAGGAAUCAGGUAAUGAGCCUGUCCCCUGCCCCUUUGUCUCUGCUGAUCAAGGCAGCUCCCAUCCUCACAGAGGAGAUGUAUGGGGACAUCCAGCCAGCAGCCUGGGAGCUCCUGCUCAGCGUGGAUGAGCACAUGGCUGGAGCAGCAGCUGCCAUGUUCCUGCUGUGUGCUGUGAAAGUGCCAGAGGCUGUUUCUGACAUGCUGAUGUCCGAAUUUCAUCACCCAGAAACAGUGCAAAGACUGAAUGCCAUUCUGAAAUUUCACACACUCUGGAGGUUCAGGUAUCAAGUGUGGCCGAGGAUGGAAGAAGGAGCACAGCAGAUCUUCAAGAUUCCUCCUCCAAGUAUAAACUUCACUCUGCCUUCUCCCGUGCUGGGAAUGCCAUCUGUGCCAAUGUUUGACCCUCCCUGGGUCCCUCAGUGCAGUGGGAGUGUGCAGGAUCCUAUAAAUGAAGAUCAGUCGAAGUCGUUUUCUGCCCGGGCUGUGUCACGUUCCCAUCAGCGAGCUGAGCACAUCCUGAAGAACCUGCAGCAGGAGGAGGAGAAGAAGCGCCUGGGGCGGGAAGCAAGUCUGAUCACUGCCAUCCCCAUCACUCAGGAGGCCUGCUACGAGCCCUCCUGUACACCAAGCUCUGAGCAGGAAGAAGAAGUAGAAGAAGUUGCCAACCUGGCCUCCCGCCGUCUGUCUGUGAGCCCGUCCUGCACCUCCAGCACUUCCCACAGGAAUUAUUCUUUCCGCCGUGGCUCCGUGUGGUCAGUGCGCUCAGCAGUCAGUGCAGAAGAUGAAGAACACACUACUGAGCACACCCCGAACCACCACGUUCCCCAGCCCCCCCAGGCUGUAUUUCCAGCGUGCAUUUGUGCAGCAGUGCUCCCCAUUGUCCAUCUGAUGGAGGAUGGAGAAGUCCGGGAGGAUGGAGUAGCUGUAAGUGCUGUUGCUCAGCAGGUCCUGUGGAACUGCCUGAUUGAAGACCCCUCUACAGUGCUGCGCCACUUCCUCGAGAAGCUCACCAUCAGCAAUCGACAGGAUGAGCUGAUGUAUAUGCUAAGGAAGCUUUUGCUGAACAUUGGGGACUUUCCUGCUCAGACAUCUCAUAUCCUCUUUAAUUACUUGGUAGGACUGAUCAUGUAUUUUGUACGGACUCCAUGUGAAUGGGGCAUGGAUGCCAUUUCUGCCACUCUCACCUUCCUUUGGGAGGUGGUGGGUUAUGUUGAAGGACUCUUCUUCAAGGAUCUCAAACAGACCAUGAAGAAGGAGCAGUGUGAAGUGAAGCUGCUGGUGACUGCCUCAAUGCCAGGCACAAAAACCCUUGUUGUGCACGGACAGAAUGAGUGUGACAUCCCAACGCAGCUGCCAGUCCACGAGGACACACAGUUUGAGGCUCUUCUGAAGGAGUGCUUGGAGUUUUUUAACAUACCUGAAACUCAGUCUUCUCAUUAUUUUUUAAUGGAUAAGCGUUGGAAUCUCAUUCAUUAUAACAAGACCUAUGUCCGUGAUAUUUAUCCUUUCCGGAGGUCAGUUUCUCCCCAGCUCAACCUGGUGCAGAUGCAUCCAGAAAAGGGUCAAGAGCUUAUUCAGAAACAGGUGUUCACCCGCAAGCUGGAGGAGGUGGGGCGGGUGCUGUUCCUGAUCUCCCUGACACAGAAGAUCCCUCCAGCCCACAAGCAGUCCCACGUGUCCAUGCUCCAGGAGGAUCUGCUCCGCCUGCCUUCCUUCCCCCGGAGUGCCAUCGAUGCCGAGUUCUCGCUCUUCAGUGAUCCCCAAGCUGGGAAAGAGCUCUUCGGUCUAGAUACCCUCCAGAAAAGCUUGUGGAUCAAGCUGCUGGAAGAGAUGUUCCUUGGCAUGCCCAGCGAGUUCCCUUGGGGGGACGAGAUCAUGCUGUUCCUGAACGUGUUCAACGGGGCCCUGAUCCUGCACCCUGAGGACAGUGCCCUGCUGAGGCAGUACGCUGCCACCGUCAUCAACACGGCCGUGCACUUCAACCACCUCUUCUCCCUCAGCGGCUACCAGUGGGUGCUGCCCAGCAUGCUGCAGGUGUACUCUGACUACGAGAGCAACCCCCAGCUGCGGCAGGCCAUGGAGUUCGCGUGCCGCCAGUUCUACGUCCUGCACCGCAAGCCCUUCAUCCUGCAGCUCUUUGCCAGCGUGGCCCCUCUCCUGGAGUUCCCUGAUGCUGCAAACAAUGGAAGCAGCAAAGGAGUGUCAGCUCAGUGCCUGUUUGACCUGCUGCAGUCUUUGGAGGGAGAUACUCCAGACAUCUUGGACAUCUUAGAGCUGGUGAAAGCUGAAAAGCCUCUCAAGUCAUUAGACUUCUGCUACGGCAAUGAAGACUUGACCUUUUCCAUCAGUGAAGCAAUCAAGCUGUGUGUGACAGUGGUGGCUUAUGCUCCUGAGUCAUUCAGAAGCCUCCAGAUGCUGAUGGUGUUGGAAGCCCUGGUUCCCUGUUACUUGCAAAAACUGAAGAGACAAACCUCCCAAGUGGACACUGGGACAGCAGCUCGUGAGGAGAUUGCUUCUAUGGGUGCCCUUGCCACCUCUUUGCAGGCACUCUUGUACAGUGUAGAAGUUCUCACCAGGCCUAUGACAGCCCCACAGAUGAGUCGAUGUGACCAAGGCCAUAAAGGAACCACAACUGCAAACCACACCAUGUCAGCAGGCGUGAACACCAGGUACCCAGAACAGGGAGCUAAACUACACUUUAUCAGGGAGAACCUUCACUUAAUGGAGGAGGGCCAGGGUCUUCCCCGAGAGGAGCUGGAUGAACGAAUUGCCAGAGAGGAGUUCAGGAGACCCCGGGAGUCACUGCUGAAUAUCUGCACGGAGUUUUACAAGCACUGUGGUCCGAGGCUGAAGAUUUUGCAGAAUCUGGCUGGCGAGCCCCGAGUGACUUCUCUGGAGCUGCUGGAUGUGAAGUCCCACAUGAGGCUGGCAGAAAUCGCCCAUUCCCUGCUGAAGCUGGCUCCCUACGACACGCAGACGAUGGAGAGCCGCGGGCUCCGGCGCUACAUCAUGGAGAUGCUGCCCAUCACUGACUGGACAGCUGAGGCGGUGAGACCUGCCCUGAUCCUCAUCUUAAAGAGAUUGGACCGUAUGUUCAAUAAAAUUCACAAGAUGCCUACCCUGAGGCGCCAGGUUGAGUGGGAGCCUGCCAGCAGUUUGAUUGAAGGGGUUUGUUUGACACUUCAGAGGCAGCCUAUCAUAUCCUUCCUGCCUCACCUUAGGUCUCUGAUCAAUGUCUGUGUCAAUCUGGUGAUGGGAGUGGUAGGACCCUCCAGUGUGGCUGAUGGAUUACCCCUUCUUCAUCUCAGCCCUUAUCUCUCGCCACCUCUGCCCUUCAGCACAGCUGUUGUCCGGCUUGUAGCAUUGCAGAUACAGGCUUUGAAAGAAGAUUUCCCCCUAAGCCAUGUCGUCUCCCCAUUCACCAAUCAGGAAAGAAGGGAAGGAAUGCUUUUAAACCUACUGAUUCCAUUUGUGCUCACAGUAGGAUCUGGAAGCAAAGACAGUCCCUGGCUGGAGCAGCCUGAGGUCCUGCUGCUGCUCCAGACUGUUAUCAAUAUCCUCCUGCCACCUCGCAUCAUCAGCACCUCCCGCAGCAAGAACUUCAUGCUGGAGAGCUCCCCUGCCCACUGCUCCACGCCGGGCGACGCGGGCAAGGACCUGCGGCGCGAAGGGCUGGCAGAAUCCACCAGCCAGGCUGCCUACCUGGCCCUGAAGGUGAUCCUUGUUUGCUUUGAGCGCCAGCUGGACAGCCAGUGGUACUGGCUGAGCCUGCAAGUGAAAGAGAUGGCCCUGAGGAAAGUGGGAGGGCUGGCCCUGUGGGAUUUCCUCGACUUCAUCGUGCGGACACGGAUCCCCAUCUUUGUGCUCCUUCGGCCCUUCAUCCAGUGCAAGCUGCUGGCGCAGCCAGCUGAGAACCACGAGGAGCUGACAGCCCGGCAGCACAUCUCGGACCAGCUGGAGCGACGGUUCAUCCCGCGCCCGCUCUGCAAGAGCUCCCUCAUCGCCGAGUUCAACAACGAGCUGAAGAUCCUGAAGGAGGCUGUGCACAGUGGGUCUGCUUACCAAGGGAAGACAUCAGUGAGCACGGUGGGCACCUCCACGUCUGCUUACCGGCUGAGCCUGGCCACCAUGUCCCGCUCCAACACGGGCACGGGCACGGUGUGGGAGCAGGACAGCGAGCCCUCCCAGCAGGCGUCCCAGGACACGCUGAGCCGCACGGACGAGGAGGAUGAAGAAAAUGACUCCUUGAGCAUGCCCAGUGUGGUAAGUGAACAAGAAACAUACCUUAUGGGUGCCAUUGGGAGGAGGAGGUUCUCCAGCCAUCUCUCCAGCAUGUCUGCACCUCAGGCUGAGGUGGGCAUGUUACCCAGCCAAAGGGUGGCGAGCGUGCAGAGCGAGCCAGGACAGCAGAACCUCCUUCUGCAGCAGCCCCUGGGGCGGCAGAGAGGCCUACGGCAGCUCCGGCGGCCGCUGCUGUCACGUCAGAAAACUCAGACGGAGCCGCGGAGCCGUCACGGAGCUCGACUCUCAACCACGCGCCGGAGCAUCCAGCCAAAGCCCAAACCCUGCGCAGAGCAGAAGCGGUCGGUGACGUUCACUGAAGCCCAGCCCGAGGCAGCCCCAAGCUGUGCCGUGGACUCGCCGGCACAGCAGCUGGGCUGCAGCCCCCAGGCCAGCAGCCAGCAGGAGCCCCUCAGCAAACCCGUGCUGACCUCCUCACCUGCCAUCGUUGUAGCUGAUCUUCACAGCCAGGUAACCUCUCCUCAACUGCAGAGCGAGGCACUCUCUGCUGAGGAGGAGAAGGAAAAAGAGGAGGGCUUGGAGUCCCGGCCAGCAACAGCACAGAGCACCCCACCCACCCAGCUGUCUGACACCGAGGACUACGCUGGCCUGGAGACCACCAGCCUGCUGCAGCAUGGGGACACUGUCCUGCACAUCAGCGAGGACAAUGGCAUGGAGAAUCCUUUGCUGGCUACUCACUUCAGCUUCACGCAUGUGGAGCUUGGUGAGACGGAUGUUGAUCUAGAUGAAUCUCAUGUUUAACUCUUAGGGAAGUACAGUAGUGGGAGGAGGAAGGAAAUGUGGACCUUUCCUUAGAGUUCCCUGCUAAAUAGUAACUAAUUAAAACAAGAGCACUUUAUUAUCCAAAAGCAGGAAAUAGCUAGCAGCCAGUUGCUAUAGACUGGCACAUUUCUAUUUGUGAGAUCUCUUUUCAGUUCAGGGCAGGACCACAGGAACCAAGAAUUUGUACAGAACUCUCAGGAUAGGGGUGUGUAGGCAAACGUGGUCCAUAGAGCCAUGUACUGUGAUCAGCAGCCUUACUGAGUAAUGGGCUGUUGGACUGUGUGAGACAGAGAAGUCUCUUCUGAGACUGUGCCCAAGAUUUAUUUUUGUAGUGUUUUUGAGAGGAGGGCUAUACAGCAGCUGAAUCUAAGGCUCUUACACCUUGAAAACAGUGAAAAUACUGACAGAAAGUACCAACCUAAAGCUUGAUUUUUUUCAGGCCUGGGACCAUUGUUUCUAACGUUCAGAGCAACGAUAAGCACCAUAAAGCAAUUAGAGGGGUUUUUUUUGGCACUGCAGACUUUAGUUGAGUUUACUUUUGUCUGCUAGUUCCAUUCCACUUUGUAAAAUAUUGCCCUUGUGCUACAAAAAUAUUUGCUCCAUAAAACUAAAUACAGUAUAUACCAUAAGGAAUGCAUGUGCUGUGCACAGACACAGAUGGGCAGGGGCUGAGCGGUCUGCAGGUGGUAUAAACAGCCCACACUGUCCUGCUUUAAUGUAGUGAGCUCUUCCUCUCCACAGAUUUAAAAAAGAACCUCCAAGAAACUGCAUCUGGAAUGUGUGGACCUUUCUGGUCCCAAGCAGCUGCUCCCCUGAUGCUGUUGGAUGUAUGUAGAGGGAUUUAAAGUAAAUAUUUAUAUAUGGUAUUUUCCUGUUACUAUAUAUAUAAAUAUACAUGUACAUUGUAAACAAAAGAUGGAUAUUGCAGGGCAGAAACUUGAUGAAAGAAUCUAUUUUUGGCAUGCUGAGAUUGUAUUUUAAAAGUUCCAUUUUAUGUAUGUAAUGUUCAUGGCUGCAAAUAUCAGAUAAAUGUAUGUAACAUUUAUAGAAGGUGGAGAUCCCUGGGGGGAUCAGCUGAAGUCAAAGCUGAGUUAAGAGGUUUUGCUGCAGCAUCAUGGAAUUACACUGAAAUGUGAAUUUAGCCAUUAGCUGCUGACAGGCAAACUGCAAAAUAGCUGUGAAACAAACCAUGAAAUCAUCAGCAAUGCCCAAAGAUACCCUUGGGGAUCAUACACUGCCUUUUUUGGCUCAUGUUAGACUAACUGGAGUUUAUAAUCAUGUCAUUAUUGUGCAGAUGAAAAUGUUUUGGAUCACCCUGAGAGUAUCUAAAAUGUGCUAACCACCACUUUGGCUCCUGAGGGCUUGCAAUUUGGACAUACACAUGAUGAACCAGCCUUACUAAGGAGGGAAAUGAUCUCCUUCUAGCCAUCUCCAGAGAAAGGACUUGCAGCUCUCCUCACUGGCUCUGAAAUAGCCAGACCCUAUGGGCGGCUGUCUUGCUGCUCUAGUGCAGCACACAGGUUUUCCUGGGGCUAAGACAAUUAACUGCACCCCUGAGAGCAGGUUUCAGCCUGUGGAGCCUUAGGCUGUGCUGCCUGGCAUGUGCCAAAUGCUCACAUUUGACAGGAGUUGUGCACACCAGUGUGGGCAGGGAACUCGCUCAUGUUAAACCUCUGAAGAGAGCAAAAGCCAUUUUUCUCCCAGGUGCUGAGCAUGCUCUGCUACCACUCUGUUGGUGAGAGGAGAAUCUCAGCAUAUGUUGGGAACAGCAGGGCUGAAAAAGCAAUUAUUUUUGUAGUGCACCACCUAUAUCCCCCACGUAUAUGGGGCUAUAUAAUGUACAGGUGGUGCUCUAACGCAGCUCCAAAGGGUACCUGGUCUUGUAAGAGAGGUGACAGUGUCCCUCUCUUACGUCCCUGCAGGAUGUCCUGGAUAACAAACUGUUUCCUCUGCUGAUCAAAACAUGCUGUACUGCUUUUUUCUUCUUAGUGCACUGGAGCCAGUGCCAGCUACCUGUAGGAUGCUGCUUUAGAUUAGCUCCUAGCUCAGAGGUCACUCCAAGAAUUGCUGAAUUCCAGAUGUUGUUUUAUUAUUAACACUGACGCACAAACGAGAAAAAAACCCACAGCUUCACUUUCAAGUCCCAAGGUAGGCUUGGUCACUGGAAAGCUUCAGACAUGAGCCGAGUAAACAGCUGGGACACAACACCUACAGAAUUCAUGGUGCACUUUAUAGAGUGACCUUUUCUGCAGAAAAUGAGGAAGAAUCUUCCUUAAUGGAACGUAGAGGCCUUCCCACAGUACUCUACUCUAGAGAUGACAAAAUAACUGUGAUUUAUUUCAUUUAAUUCAGUGUAUGUAACUUUCAAGUUUCCACUGUCACAGGUGAAUCCACAGUAGUAAGCCAUAGCAAGGACUAAAAUGCCUCUUUUUAAUGUCUACCCCACUAGACAUCAAUGCAACUUAUAAAUGACGUAACCUGUAAUGUAGUUUUAUCCGGGUGGCUGGGCAGCUGGCUUGGGUUUUGUGGAAUGAUUGUUGGGAGACGGCACAGACAGGCCAGCCCGUCAGCCUGACUUCCCAUGCGUUUUACUGUCGUAUCAGUCGCAUUUAAUGCCAUCCUGAUGAGUGGCAUACAAAGUACUUUAGCUGGUUUGUGCUUUCCUCCAGUAUCUCCGUACCAGAACUGGCGUUGUUUCUGCUGUGAAGACAUACGAUGCUGCUUUACAUAGUGUUAGAGCCUUAAGCGCAUGUCGUGUUCAGCGAUGUCCGGCUGUGCCUGUCUUGUCCACGUGUCAGUCGGUCCCGUUGCCUCAGCAUUUUAUGCAAACGUUGUCCCGAGGAUUAAAUACAAAGGAACGACGGCAAAGGACAGAGUUCUGUGUUUGAGCCUGUUGCGUAACACGGCCGGUCUGUGGCGCUCCGAAGGGUUUCAAUACGCGGUUUUGUCCCGGGAUGCCGACAGCGCUGGUUAAUGUUUACCUCUCUGCUCGGGGCCUGGCG